AUGUCACAUCCACGGUUAGAGCAAAUGGCCGACCUACUGAAACCUCAGGCAGAGAUGUCACAUCCACGGUCAGAGCAAACGGCCGACAGACUGAAGUAUCCACCAUCGACACAACCACCGACAGCCCGUCAAUUCCAAUCUCCGAUCCAGAUUCAUCAACCUCCUCCUCUUGUGCAAGUUGUUGAGUCGUUCCUUCUAGAAGAUCCCAUUCCCGAGCAAGAAGAAUACAAUGGUCAGUUUCCCGACCAUUAUCUUGAUUUCGAGGAAGAAGAUGAGGUUGAAGCUCCCAACCCAGAGGCACUAGACUUUGAACAGCUGUUGGAUGACCAAAUGCAUCGUCCUGGUCGAGAGCAGCUUGUUCGGUUGUCUGAGCAUCCAAUCCCCAACGUGAAGACGACAUGGUUUACUCGGGACGAUGGUGAAUUGAGUCGUGUUAUUUCUGGAAUAUUUCGGCGUAUGUUUGAUGGUCUUUACUAUAGCUGGAAAGUUACGCCGAUUCACGUACAUGAACACUAUUUUAGAACUUUUGCGCGGAGGUACAACUGGGAUAUUGGGAUUACACCGAUUAUCACACCUACGCUUUGGGCUUUAAUGUGGCAACAUUGGAACACUCCUGAGUCAAUUGCGAGGAGUUCUACUGCUUCACAGUGCCGCAACUCUGAUCGUGGUGGUCUAGGAAUCGCAAAGCAUGAGGCGGAAUAUGGUCGUUCCGUAUCAUUUGGAGAAGUGUUUUUGGAUACAUAUACAAAAGAAGAUGAAACCUUUGUUGAUUACAAAGCGCAACAAGUUGCUGAGGCAUAUGAGAAGUAG